GCCCCCUGGGGGCGGGGCGAGGCGGGGCGGCCGGUCCUGGCAGACGGCGAGAGGCAUGUGGAGCGGACCGGCGCUGCGGGCGCUGCGGGCGGCGGGGCCCCGGGCUCGGCGGCCCCGGCCCUGGUCCUCGCACCCACCCCGGCGCGGCGCCGCCUCCACCUCCGUCGCCACGGCCCGGGCUCUGGUUUACGAGCAGCACGGAGACCCCUCCCGGGUCCUCCAACUGAAGGACGUGGAGCUCAGGACGCCAGGCGGCAGGGAGGUGCAGGUGAAGAUGCUGGCGGCGCCCGUCAACCCGGCCGACAUCAACAUGGUCCAAGGCACAUAUGCGCUCCUGCCGGCGUUGCCUGCCGUGGGCGGGAACGAAGGGGUCGGUCAGGUGGUUGCAGUCGGGGGCGACGUGACAUCCCUGGAGCCUGGGGACUGGGUGAUCCCUGCCGACGCCGGCUUUGGGGGCCUCCAGUCUUCAUUAGAGCCCCAGGCCCGCCUGCCUGACCUCCUCCGUGACCCAGGAACAUGGCGGACGGAUGUGGUGCUGAGUGAGGAGGUGCUGGUGAAGGUGCCCCGGGACCUCCCUCUGCUGUGUGCAGCCACCCUGGGGGUCAAUCCGUGCACGGCCUACCGGAUGCUGAUGGACUUCGAGGACCUGCAACCGGGUGACACCGUGAUCCAGAAUGGCGCCAACAGUGGAGUGGGCCAGGCCGUCAUCCAGAUCGCAGCCGCCCGUGGGCUCCGCACUGUCAACGUGGUCAGAGACAGGCCGAACAUCCAGGAGCUGGUGGACAGGCUGAAGGCCCUGGGUGCCGACCACGUCAUCACGGAGGAAAGGCUUAGGAACCCAGAGAUGAAGUUCUUGUUCAAGAGCACCCCCCAGCCCCGGCUCGCGCUCAACUGCAUUGGAGGAAAGAGUUCCACAGAGCUGCUGCGACACCUGGCGCCCAGUGGCACUAUGGUGACAUACGGAGGCAUGGCCAAGCAGCCCGUUCUGGCCUCAGUGAGUAUGUUCAUCUUCAAGGACAUCCGGCUACGUGGCUUCUGGAUGACCCAGUGGAAGAAGGACCACAGUCUCGAGGAUUUCAGGGCGAUGCUGCUACACCUGAGUUCUCUGGCCCAGCGGGGGCAGCUGUCGGCCCCCCUCUGCUCCGAGGUGCCGCUGCAGGACUAUCGGGCCGCGCUGGAUGCCGCCAUGCAGCCCUUCAGCUCUGCCAAGCAGGUUUUCGUCAUGUGACGACAGCAGCGGCGGUGGUGGUGGGGAGGAGUGGCGAUGGCAGAGGCUGUGGGUCCUGGACAUCUUGCGCUCACAGCUGGUCCAGGGGAAACUGCUCUCUCCCUGGGACUGGGAUGUCACCAGUCAGCACCUGCUGGGUGAGCGACGGGCCGGGCCCCGCUCCCAGGCUCCCCACGCUCCCCAUUAAAGCUUGAGGGAUCUUGACCUUCCAGUAGAGCAGAGUCAUGUCUGUGCCAAUUGAUCCCUGCCCUCAUGGGGCUGCCACUCCGAGAAGACUGCACACACCUACAUACACACACUGAACUUUU